AUGCGGAUUCGUUCUUUUUCGCAAUACCAUCCAAGGCUUGCUUUCAACUAUUUGCUUCUUGCUGAGUUCUGCGUUGCCCAGGAUCAACAUCGACAAGCAAUUAAAAUCCAAGAAUUGAAUUUAGCUAAUGAUGAUUUGGCUAUUAAACUUGUUUAUUAUCAAAUGGGAGAUUCCUAUUGUCAAUUGAAACAAUUCGAUAUACGAACACUGAUUUCUUGUCUGAAACAAAUGUGUAUCUUUCGUAAGCUAUUAGCGGAUGUUGACCCGCUCCGACAAGUCAAUGAUCCAGAAGAGAUCUGUGAAAAAUUUUUAACAUUUCAGAGCAAAUUAUACCGAUUUACUAAUCAUUAUUGA